AUGUGUGGCCGCGCGAUUGCGCCGCAGGCGGCGAAGCGGGCGGGGACUGCGAUCACCGUGAACUUCACGGUCGAGCUGCCCGAUGAGCUGCAGGACAGCGAUAUGGGCGCGAGGCAGAGCAGCAUCCAGGUGCCCCAGAGCGCUGACGUGGCGCAGCUGAAGCGGCACUUCAUGUACAUAACGUCUGACAGGCUUGUGCCGGGGCUGCAGGUGUGA